AUGGCGCGGCGGCCGCAGCUGGCACGCUUGGAGCAGGAGGCGGCGGCGCUGGCGGGCGCGGUGCGCGGCGCCCUGGGGCCGCGGGGCGGGCGGGCGCUGCUGGUGCGGCCCACUGGCGAGGUGCUGCUGACGCGGGACGGGCGGGUGCUGCUGCGAGCCCUCAGCCUGCGGCCGCACUCGGCCAGGGUGAUGGUGGCCGCUGCCUGCAGCCACCGCGCCGCGACGGGGGACGGCGCCAAGACCUUCGUGGUGCUGCUGGCCGGUGUGCUGGGUGGCUUGCGGAUCUCAGGCGGCGGCGGCGGCCUGAGGCAGGCACUGCGGACCUUCGAGACGCAGGUGCUGGAGCGGGCCGUGGCGCAGGGCUUGCGGCGGCACCUGACGUCGGUUCUGCCCGGGUGGGAGGCUGAGGCGGGCGCCCUGGAGGCGCUAGUGGAGGCCUACCUGAGCGGCCGGCUGGGGCCCGGCGAGCGGCGGUGCCUGGCGCGGCUGAGCUGCGAGUACUUGCGGCGCUGCGCCGCGGCUGCCGCCCCCGACCCGCAGCUGCUGCGCCUCCUCAGCCGCCGCUUCGCGGAUCUACACACCGCCGUGGUCGGCCUUCCUGUGGCGACGUCCAGGGUCUUGCCCGGUCUCGUCCUUCGCAGGGACUUCGCGGCCUAUUGUCCGGCAGAAGGGGACUUACGAGCUGUGCUCGUCACUGAGCCCCUCCGGCCUGCUCUCCCCACCCCCGGAGUCGAGUUUGUUAUAGACUCAGAGGGUCAGUAUCAGGCAUCCCUGUGCUGGAUCACGAGGAGAACAGAAGCUGUAGUGCAACACUUGCAGAGCAACAACAUUAAGCUGUUACUGUCGAGUGUAAAACAAGAUGAAGUAGUUAUCUACUAUGCAAAAUUACACGGUAUAUCAGUGGUGGAGUGCUUAUCGACAGAAGAAAUGACUCUUAUCUGUGAAAUCACAGGGGUCUCACCUUACUCACCUUUGACUGCUAACCUAGACGGAGAAAUCGUUGACACCACAAUGGUAACGUUUUGCCAGCCCUUGCUUCUCGGCUCAGAGAGACGUGUUCACAUUGGCUUGCCUGGUGUCUGUGCCUUUCAGCCCCACUCCCUAAUUCUGUGCGGGCCAGUCGGUGGUGUUACUGAGCAACACGCUGCGGCUGUACAAGGGGUGUUUACGAUGCUGCAGCAGCUAUUUAAAACAGUUGAUCGGAGGGAUGAAUGCAAACCAGGAGGGGAAAGCCAGAACAAAGCCUUGGAGGUUGGCAGUUGCCAUUCCUCAGCUGUUCAUAAGCAACUUGUAAUCCAAAAUACUUCUUGUAACACUGAUCCGAUUCCUGAACAUCAACUGAAGGCACAUGGGGACCCUGAUUUGCAGGGAAGUGAAAAUCUAACCUCUGUGCAAACAGACUUGCAAAUGUCACGUAUCAAAGCAGUCAGUGUUGCCACUGCAGCAGAUGACUCUUCAAGACAGGUACAGAAACUCUGUGCCAAAUGGGAGCAUCCAGGUGGCAUGCACGAGAACUAUGAAAGUGAUUCACUUCUGGUCAGUCCAGAGGACUAUGGAACGACUGCCUCAGCAGCACAUGAUGCUAAUAGAGGCACUGCUCAUGGACACCUAGGUGUUGGCGAAGCCCUAGAGAAGCCAGGUCACAGUGUAGUUUCAUUUAGAAUGGGAAGGAAUUGUGGCAGUAUUCCACAGAAUCAUUCCAGUUCCCUCAUAGAAGCAGGAUCAAUUUUGCCAGUGGGAGGCUACUUUGAAAUCCUGUUACAUUAUUACAUUCAGUGCUAUGCAAAACAGCUUCAGCAGUCAGAGCUAACUGUCAUAUCUAAGGUAGUUGCUGAUGCUUUGCUAAGUAUCCCCAAAUCCCUGCACAGGACAACAGAACGAAAUGGCUUCACCACAUUCUACCUCAAAACCAUAAAUGGACUUGGGAAUAAUCAGCCCCUGUCUGUGAACGAGAAGGGUUUAGAAUCAGUGUAUUGCAAAUACCAGUUAGUGCUUUCAGUUCUUCACUGUGUUACAGAGCUGCUCUCAGUAGAUUUAAUAAUUGGUGUUCAGCGGCCACAGCAAACAGUAGAGGUUUAUGACUCGGAGGAUGACUUCUGAAAUGAUCAAUAAAGCAUGUUUUCUGAUCAUGUA